UUUGUUUCCAACCACCGCACAGGUAGCGAUUUUUAUUUAUUUCGUACAAGCGAACUAAUAUCAAAAAUAAAGAUUCAGUUAAGACUCGAAACUCAGCCGAAGCUGAUGUCUUUUAAUUUUCGCUCGGUCGUGAUAAAAUUCGCUAUUAAUUUUUUUUGGAACUUAUUUCAUUUUGUGAGUGAUUUAAGUUAAGUGCAUCGGUUUCAUAAAAAUAACAAAAACAACAUUGUAUAAUAUAUAUUGUAUUAAAAAUGUCGGAACCAAAAUGUAAAAUGGACCAUUUUUGUAAUGUUUGUGGACGUUUCAUAGCAAGCGAUGAAAAAUGUGGCAAUGCGAGUGAUUGUUUUUUGGAAGCCUAUAAACAAUAUUUCUCGCAAGAGUUUAUCACUGACGUAAACUAUGCCCCUAAAAAAGUUUGCUUUAAUUGCUAUUCAAGUGUUAUGCAAUGGAAAAGUGAAAAGAAGAAGGCUAUGCCUUUUGGUAUACCAAUGAUGUGGUUAGACAACAGCCCGCAUCAACAAGAAAAUUGCUAUGGAUGUAUCAACUACCAUAAAACUUUGAAUAGAAGGAAAGCAAAGAAUAAAACUUAUGUAGCAGUGCCAAGUGUCCAAUUACCAUUACCGCACUCAGAAUUCGUUCCAGUACCAACAUACCGAAGUAUUGAUCUUCAAACAGAAUACGACCCUGGUGAAGGUACAUCCUAUGAAAUAUCAAAGGACCCAAUCCUAGUCACACAAAAGAAUUGUUGCAAUUUUGUGUUUGACUCAGAAAAAAUCAGAACAACUGGCUUCAUUUUUGAAAGGAAAUAAUUUGCUGGCGAAAGGUACCAAAGUAACAGCAUAUCGAAAAGGCCAAAACGAGUUAGAAAAG